AUGGAAAGCAGACACAAGCCCCAGCUCCUGGUGUCCCUGAUACUUUGCAGUGUGCUCUUCUCGCAAACAUUGGCAUGGCCACUUUACGGAGCCCCAGGAACUCUGAGAUUGGCUGACAGAAUACCACCGGAAGGAGCAAAUGAACCUGAUCAGGUUUCAUUAAAAGCAGACACUGACAUCUUGCAAAAUGUGUUAGCUGAAAAUGACACACCCUAUUAUGAUGUAUCCAGGAAUGCCAGACAUGCUGAUGGAGUUUUCACCAGUGACUUUAGCAGACUCUUGGGUCAACUUUCUGCCAAAAAAUACCUUGAGUCCCUUAUCGGAAAACGAGUUAGCAAUAACAACUCAGAAGAUCCUGUACCAAUCAAACGUCACUCAGAUGCAGUCUUCACUGACAACUACACCCGCCUUAGAAAACAAAUGGCUGUAAAGAAAUACUUGAACUCGAUUCUGAAUGGGAAAAGGAGCAUUGAGGGAGAACCUCUGGACUUUCCUGAAGAGUUGGAGAAAUGA